CAAUUUUCCAAUUUUGACGACGCUUGAUAAAGGCAACUCGAUAAAGAUAGACGUUCUAGUUUCGUAGCGUGAAAAUUUUCGUAACGAGACGCAUUUUUAUAUUAAAAUCUGUUCGGAAGCAUGUUCUAAUUAAUACGGUGCGGUGUUUACUAUGGCGCCUUUAUUGGGAUAUUCUUUAUUUUUGCUUUUUGUCUCGACGAUCUAUUUCGGCGAGGCUAAAGAUAGCAUAUGCGUAGGUGCCUUUUUCGAUGAAGAACAACAAAAAACUCCUCUAAACUGGGGAGUUAUAGAGGAUAAUCUGCACGAAGACAUCGAGUUUCAAGCUCCCGAAAUAAUAUCAGUAUCUGAAAAUGAGAUUUUCGAUGCCACAGUGGCACUAUGUGAAUUUAUUAAUAACGAUCAGCGAUUAGUUGCAGUAUUUGGACCUAGAAGCCACAUCCUGUCCACAGCAUUAGAAUCCACAUGUGCCUAUUUGGGUGUUCCAUAUUUCAUUACAAGUUGGAUGCCGAAGACUAACCUUCCAUUCGACAAUGUAUUUAAUCUGUAUCCAGACACUGAUUUGUUAAUUCAGGGCUAUGCCAAGAUUGUGGAAAGUUUUGACUGGCAUUCAAUAGCUGUUCUCUACGAAGAUGACGAUGGUCUUGUAAGACUUCAAGAUGUAUUAAAGUUACAAAAAUUUCAUAAGGAGGAAAUGAAUAACGAAAUAUUUAUGCAAAAGUUGAGCUCUAAUUGGGAUAAUAGAUCAAUAUUAAAGUUAAUUAGGAACUCUCCGUUCAAUAGAAUUAUUAUAGAUUGUAAACGAAGUCGAAUAAUCGAUAUACUACAGCAGGCACAGGAAGUAAAGCUACUUUCUGAUUUCUCUACCAGCAUAUUCCUAACAUCAUUGGAUGCUCACACGCUAGAUUACUCGUCACUAUAUAUUUUAGCGAACAUCACUACUGUGAGGCUCUUCGACCCUAUGAAACCAAAUUUUCAAAGGAUUAUAGAAGAAGACUUUGCUGAUAUGAACCCUGCGAAAAUCUCAGUUGAAACUGCUUUACUCUACGAUGCAAUGACUCUUAUUACCGAAGCUGUAAAUCAUCUAAAAACAAAAGAUGUGGAUAUAUCGUCUAGAUAUUUAUAUUGUCUCUCACCUAGUAUUUAUUCCGAUGAUAUAGAACUAAUACCAACUAUACAAGAGAUUCAAUUAAUGGAUACACUUACUGGACCAAUAUCACUUAAAAAUGGAAAACGAGAAAAAUUUACUCUAGAUGUCAUUGAAAUUAAUAAACCUGACAAACCUAUCGGCAUUUGGGAUUCAGAAUAUCCAGAAAAAAUGCAUUUAACGAGAAAUGCCACGGAGCGAGAAGCCGAAUUACGAAGAAGGAUGGAAAAUUACAAUUUUAUUGUCACAUCAAGAAUAGGAAGGCCUUAUCUGUAUAAGCGAGACGACCCUGAUGCUUAUGGAAAUGCUAGAUACUACGGAUACUCUGUUGAUUUGAUAACAGAAAUUGCCAAAAUAAUUAAUAUCACCUUUGAGUUUCGCAUUACAGAAGAUAAUUCUUAUGUUAACUUGGUAAAUGACUUAAUUGAAAGGAGAGCAGAUUUAGGAAUAUGCGAUUUUACCAUCACACCUCAAAGACGAGCCGUUAUUGACUUUAGUAUGCCAUUUAUGACCUUAGGUAUAGGUAUAUUACAUAAAGAAAGUUCAUCGGGAGAAGUUGAUAAUAUGUAUGCAUUUAUGAGACCUAUAUCAUGGACGGUGUGGUUUUAUAUUUGGACGUUAAAUCUCUUAAUAUCAAUAGCUAUGUUCUUUGUAGCAAGAUUAGCUCCUCGUGAAUGGGAAAAUCCAAAACCAUGGGAUGAGGAAUCGAGAGAACUGGAAAAUAUUUGGACAAUUAAGAAUUUUCUAUGGUUAACUCUGGGGUCUAUUACUACACAAGGAUGUGACAUUUUACCAAAAUCUACACCAACCAGGACAAUUGCAGGGUUCUGGUGGUUCUUUUCUUUGAUAAUUACCAGUUCAUAUACUGCGAACUUAGCAGCUUUCUUAACAAUGGGAAAAAUCGAUGUAACAGUUGACAGUGUCGAAGAACUAGCUGCGCAAUCAAAAAUAAAAUAUGGAAUGUUGGAAAAGGGUUCCACAGAAACGUUUUUUGCCAAUUCUAAUAAUUCGCUCUAUCAAAAAAUGUGGAACACAAUAAAGCAUGACAAAUCUGUUUUCGAAAAAAAUAACGAUAACGGAGUGGAAAGAGUGCUUUCUACGAAAAAUGCUCUUUACGCCUUUUUUAUGGAGUCUACUGGAAUAGAGUUUGAAAUGGAACGCAGAUGUGAGUUGAGAAGAAUAGGAAAUUUAUUGGAUUCCAAAUCGUAUGGUAUUGGAAUGCCAUUAAAUGCAGACUACCGCCAUUCUAUUAACUCAGCCAUUUUACAAUUACAGGAAACCGGAAAGCUUAUGGAUCUGAAGGAAAAAUGGUGGAAAAGAGAACGGGAAGGAGAACCUUGCAAUAGGAGUUCCGACGAAAAAUCAGAUUCAUUGGCUUUAUCAAACGUAGGAGGUAUUUUUAUUGUUUUAGGCCUUGGGAUAGCAAUUGCUUGUACUAUUGCCAUCUUUGAAUUCUUUUGGGAAGUUAGACGAGUAGCAGUUGAAGAACACAUUUCUUUCAUGGAAGCACUUAAAUGCGAAGCAAAAUUUGCUUGCAAAAUUUUUAUUAAGAAGAAACGAGCUAAGCCUGUUCCAUCUGAAUCAUCGUCUUCCAAUUCUGAAGACAAGGACAAAAUAACUUUAGCUAGGAGUCUUUUUGCAAAAUCUGUGUCCUUAUUAAACAUUGCCAAUGAAUCAAAUGACAAUGAUCUGAGAAAUCGAAAUACGAUGAGAGGAAUUCAAUUCAAUAAAAGCGGCAGUGAAAAAAACUAAAUUUAUUUUGUGAUACUAAAUUAUAAGUUUUAAUUUAUAACUAAUUUGUUUAAAUAAAGUUAAUAAUAUAACAUUUGCAUUAUUCUAACAUUAUUAAACUAAUGGACAGUUUUAUAUAUACAAACAAUAUGUCCCCAGAUCGUCAAUAUGGUUUAUUCGUUUUUUAAAUUUCCUUAGCGUUUCAGAAAAAAAGAUACAAGAUAUGAGAAUAUGUUUGAAUUUUUAUUAUGCGAAAGAAUCAGAAUGCAUCUCUAUGAUAAAAUCAGUUCAAAUUCAUAUUUACUAAGUAUUAAUUUUGGUAAUGUGUUUAGUGCAACGACCAUUCAACUUCAUAAGACUUUUUUGGCAUAUUAUUUGCGUAAGUCUAUUUGUAAUAAACAUUCAUUAUGAGCUGAUACUUUGAUUUUAGAGUUGUAAUUUUGUAUUAGUUUUAUGUAUAAUAACGUACCAACAAUAAUAUGUUAACAGACGCAGCUUUUUCCACCUACCA